GGGGAUCCGGGAUGUGGAGCGAGACCCUGGUGUGGUCGGAUGGGCCUUCAGGGGCCACAGGAAGGACUGGGUUGAGGCGGGAAGGGUCAAGAGAGCGGGGCGGCAUGUGUCCUCAGUUCCAAGUAUGGGGCUUGGCCUGCACACUCCCUUCUCUUACAAGAUCCAGCUCCCACUCCUAUGUCCAGAGUUCGCGGCUGCUUCGGAACAGUAGCAGAGCGCACAGCGAGGGGGGCCGGGUGUUAUGCGCUGGUCUUUCUUCCAGCACCGGGCAUAGACCAGCCGGUGGGUCGGGUGCUCACUGCCCUCGGACUUGAACCGGGGGUGAUGGGGCGCUCACCUGCCCGGCUAGUGAACGUUCUACGGGAGUUGAGAGGCGUGGAGUUACCCACUGCCCACACACACACGCCCUUUUUCUUUUUUUCUUUUUCUCAAAAAUAUAUGCUCCCUUCGUGGAUGAAAAGACAGGACGAGUAGAGAGCUUUCAGUUCUGGGCUUUGAGUGUGGGCCGUGUUGGCGACUACUUUAGCUUUAACCAAGUUGCUCAGGCCUUUUUUUUUUUUCCAGUUAAGUUUUUCCCUCGGGUGUGAAGCGGUUUCAUCUCUGCUGUGCCCCGUGUUGUUUACACAAGCAUAGACGUGUAUACAUUUGCUUUGGCGUGCACUUGAAUGGAUUAAAUGAGCUAAUGCGUAUCAAGGUUGUAGCACAAUGUUCUGUAAGUGCUUAAUGGACGUUAGCUGUUAACAAUCAGUGCAGCACAAUACGAGGUCGGGCUUUUGAAUCAAAUAGCCUGGCUCUUAAGAUCCAGAUUUUUGCCAUUUCACGAGCUCUUUGGUCUUUAUGAAUUAACUAAGUACCUGGGCCUCAUGUUGCUCAUCUGUGAUUUAGGACUAGAUAAGGAUAGAAUGAGGUAAUGUACAUUACACAUUUAAUAUGUAUAGUAUAAUGAAUGUCUGAUGAAUUUCAGCUCAUUUUUCAUAAUGAUGUUUUUAAGGAGCACUGCAAAUGGUUAGGAAUAGCACAGUCUCAGGAGUCAAAAGCACUUGCAUUCUAACCUUGCUUCCUGCAGACACUAGUUAUGAGACCUUGGAUUUUAUUGCCCACGGACUUAGCACAUAGCGUUGGAGCUUCAGAGAAGUAAAAGUCAGUCAGUUGUUAGUGGUACAGUCUGUAGCCUCAGUUCUCCAGGGGUACUUACAGUUGGAAAACACAAUUCCCACCUCUUCUCUGUAAUAACCUUUUUCUAGAAUCACCUUUGUAAAGUUCAACAAUACCAGGAGGUAAUAGUAGUAGUGCUGCUUCACUUUCAUCAAUAUUUCUUUCUUGCUCUACAUUUUACAGUUUCUUCUCUGCCACAGACACUUGGAGCUUUUAUCCUUUUUGUUUGUUUUGCAACUUGUAUUGCCUGCUUUACCCCAGACUCAUACAGCCUUCUCAUAUCUAUCUAGAUAAACAUACGUAUAAACAUUGGUUUUGACAAUUAUCUAUUUGUGUUAGUUGGGGGAGGGGGUGAUUAUUGUUGCAUGAACUAGAAAUUGUUACUUCUCUUUUCACUUUCUCAGACUGAGGGAGAACAGUUCUAAGUCUUCUAUAUUUUUUAAAAAACAUGGUUUAUAGCUGUUUUGAUUCAAUCCUUUCUGCCAAUAAUUUAUCAAGCAGUUCUCCUUUGAAUCUUUCCAAAGUAUACAACUUGAUUUAGUUUUCAUGUAUAGUAGCUUUUAUGCCCUGGUGUUUUUCCUUACUAUUCUAGUUAUACAUGCUUUAACAAAUCCAGUUGCCUUAAACGUGAUAAGAUUUAUCUAUUAGGAGAAAGAGUAAAGCACCUCUCAGCUCUGAUGUAAGGUGGGAUUAUGAAUUGAACCUUCAGCCUCUGAGGCCUCAAGAAUGCAAAACCCGUGCUCUAGCAAACUGAGCUAUCUUCCUGAUCCUAAAAUGUAUUUUAAGAAUAGUUGAAGUCAGCAAGUUAACUCACCUGGGUAGUGUGCCUGUCUUGUCAUGCCCACAACCCAUUUUGGGGGAUGAGAAGCUUUGGUGGUAUGAUGUCUUCAUUAACAGAAGAUUCUAGGAUAACAAUAAAGAAUUUAAGUUAUCAGGAAAAUUGUCUUCCUCUUCAAAAUGUAUAGAACCAAAGUUGGUUUGAAGGACCGCCAGCAACUCUACAAACUGAUCAUUAGCCAGUUGCUCUACGAUGGCUAUAUCAGCAUUGCUAAUGGCCUCAUCAAUGAAAUCAAGCCUCAGUCUGUUUGUGCACCUUCGGAGCAACUCCUGCAUCUCAUCAAACUAGGAAUGGAAAAUGAUGAUACUGCUGUUCAGUAUGCAAUUGGUCGUUCAGAUACAGUUGCCCCUGGGACAGGAAUCGACCUGGAGUUUGACGCAGAUGUCCAGACUAUGUCCCCAGAGGCUUCAGAAUAUGAAACAUGUUAUGUCACAUCCCAUAAAGGACCCUGCCGUGUAGCUACCUAUAGUAGAGAUGGACAGUUAAUAGCUACUGGGUCUGCUGAUGCUUCCAUAAAGAUACUUGACACAGAAAGAAUGUUGGCCAAAAGUGCCAUGCCAAUAGAGGUCAUGAUGAAUGAAACUGCACAACAGAAUAUGGAAAAUCACCCAGUGAUUCGAACUCUCUAUGACCACGUGGAUGAAGUCACAUGUCUUGCCUUCCACCCAACAGAACAGAUCCUAGCUUCUGGUUCUAGAGAUUAUACCCUUAAGUUAUUUGAUUAUUCCAAACCUUCUGCAAAAAGAGCCUUCAAAUAUAUUCAGGAAGCCGAAAUGUUACGCUCCAUCUCAUUUCAUCCUUCUGGGGACUUCAUACUUGUUGGAACUCAGCAUCCUACACUUCGGCUUUAUGAUAUCAACACAUUUCAGUGUUUUGUCUCUUGCAAUCCUCAAGAUCAACACACUGAUGCCAUAUGUUCUGUUAAUUACAACCCUAGCGCCAAUAUGUAUGUAACUGGUAGCAAGGAUGGCUGUAUCAAAUUAUGGGAUGGUGUUUCAAAUCGAUGUAUCACCACUUUUGAGAAAGCACAUGAUGGUGCGGAAGUUUGUUCGGCCAUUUUUUCCAAAAAUUCUAAGUACAUCCUUUCAAGUGGAAAAGACUCAGUUGCUAAACUUUGGGAAAUAUCAACAGGACGAACACUGGUCAGAUACACAGGAGCUGGUCUGAGCGGGCGGCAGGUGCACCGGACACAGGCUGUAUUCAAUCACACUGAGGACUAUGUGCUGCUGCCAGAUGAAAGAACCAUCAGCCUCUGCUGCUGGGACUCAAGGACAGCUGAGCGCCGAAACCUGCUCUCACUUGGUCACAACAACAUUGUGCGCUGCAUUGUGCAUUCACCCACCAACCCUGGCUUUAUGACAUGUAGUGAUGACUUCAGGGCACGCUUUUGGUAUCGGAGAUCUACCACAGACUAGAGUUAGGUUCUUUUCUUUAGGACCCUACCUCCUCUCCUUACUAUACCCCCUCACCAGCUUCAGUAAUAAGUCAUUGUCCCAUCUUUGGCAGUUGUGCUGCUACCUUUACAUCCUUCCUGGAUUUGAACAAAAGAAUCUUUUUUUACCUUGAUGUAGAAUCAUGGUGGAAAAAGUUGGAACCGCAGGAUCUCUGCAGUUAUUCUGCAUUCACUGAUUAUUACAGUGUGAUUUUCAUCUGUUUUGUAAUUACAGGACUUGUCAAUACUCUUGAUCAUUUGAAGAAGGAUAGGGUAUUAAAGUGCUUUCUGGAUUCCAAGGGGAUCUGUCAUGA